CUCUCCACCUUCUCCAACACCAGCUCCUUCUUCUGGACCAUGGCCGUUGCCCUCUACCUCUACAUCACCAUCGUCAGGGGCUCGCCCACCGGCACGGGUUUGCUCUGCUGCUUCCACGUCGUGAGCUGGGGAGUCCCCCUUGGCAUUACAGUGGCUGCUGUUGCUCUGAAGAAGAUCGGCUACGAUGCCUCCAAUGUUUCUGUGGGCUGGUGUUGGGUCAACUUGGAUGCAGAGGAUCGGGUCUUGUGGAUGUUGUUAACGGGAAAAGUUUGGGAGAUACUGGCCUAUGUGACCUUGCCGGUGCUCUACAUUCUCAUCAAGAAGCACAUCAACAGAGCGCACGCGGCUCUCUCAGAGUAUCGCCCCAUUCUCUCAAGAGCACCUGCAUUUCAGCCCCGGACUUCCAUAGCAGAUAAGAAGUUGGUUCUCAUCCCUGUCAUCUUUAUCAUCCUCCGCAUCUGGAGCACUGUACGAUUCAUUCUGACCCUCUGUAACUCCCCUGCAGUGCAAAAUUCAGUCCUGGUUGUCCUGCAUGGAAUUGGAAACACGUUCCAAGGAGGUGCCAACUGCAUUAUGUUUGUCCUCUGCACGCGGGUGGUCCGGACACGGCUGUUCUCCUCCGUUUGCUGUUGCCGCAAUGACGAGUUGGAUGGGCCUUGGCAAAGAUCAAACAGCUGCUGGCAGCGCCCAGAGCCUCACGAGAACAAGGAUGUGCCAGACCCUGAGCGGAUGAAACCCCUGCUUUCCAGCACCUGA